AUGGAGCUAUCUGGCGCGUACUUCGGCGCGCAGCCGGAACAGCACUUUCCGCAUGACCAACCUACCUUGAUCGACCAGCAUUCUACAGUAUAUCCGAUUCAUUUAUCUAGACAUUGGCCGGCAACGAACUUCCACAACCCUAAUCAGCAUGCGCACCGGCGGCAACAGUCCACGUCUACCCAGUCUUCCCGCUCUUCUGCAUUUCGAUCAUCGGAUGGUAGCGUUUUCUCGCAAUGGCAAACAAGAGAUUCUUUGGCCUCGACGAACACCACGUCGCACUUAUCCGAACCCUUCGGGAAUCAGCAUGUAGCUCAGGCUGACGGCUCGCUCAACUUCAACUCUCCGGUUCCACACUCACACCCUCCGACACCCGUCGAGGAGCCAGCCCCAUUCACACUCACCAAACUAUCGCAUCCGCGCCAGCCGACUCCGGAGAAGGAACCAUUCGCUACCUGCAUAUCGCGAACGAAGCGCUCCCGUCGAUCCACAAAGGAGCCAAGAUACUGGUGUACGACUUGCGAGGAAGGCUUUGGAGAGAAAUAUGACUGGAAAAGGCACGAGGAAACAUAUCAGGAGCGUACGGAGAUGUACGAAUGCGGUCUAUGCCCUAACAUCUACUUCCUGGACAAGGACUUCAUCCAUCACCACCAAAAGAGUCACCGAUGCCAGAUCUGCGUUGAGAGAAAACACGCUGAGUUGGCGAAGAAAAAAAGAAUUUCGCGGACAGGAUGGGGCUGUGGCUUCUGCUGCCGCUUCGAUCGCGACUGGACCGAGCGGUGCAACCACAUCAGCUGGCACUUCGAAAAGAAUGGCGAUACGAUGGCAAACUGGAAGCACUCGCAUGUGAUCCUCGCGCUCCUUCAACGACCCGAGAUCCUCCCCUACUGGAAUCACCUCCUCUAUAGCAAACAGCGAUUCAACCCUCGCUUCGGCUGGAAUCAACACACUACGGGUCGCGUUGAAGGCUACCCAGAAGCCAACCCUCAUCCGCAACUACAAGACCUCCUGGAAUUUUAUACUCCCGAGCAGAGCGCAGAAGCGUUAGUACGACUAGCAUAUGAUAAGGGGCUGCUUCGGAAAGAGCUCCCUCGUCCGCCCGUACCGCCGAAAGAUUAUGCUACACGACCGCAGCAAUCCACAACCUUGCAAGAUCUCCUGAACGAUACGGAGACUUUGAACCGUUUCCUAAGUACGAUCGUUGAAGAUGACGUUCAGCCGACUGGCGUAUGCACCCUUGAUUAUGAGGCCAUGAACGAAGCUUUUGAUCCCAAAUACCAUUCUUUUGUGUAA